AUGGGAACAGUAAAAGACAACCACAUCUCAGUCUGCCACGUGGUGGCGCUACCCUAUCCCGGCAGAGGCCACAUCAACCCCAUGAUGAACCUCUGCAAACUCCUAUCCUCAAAGAAACCCGACAACACACUCCUCAUCACCUUCGUCGUCACCGAGGAGUGGCACGGCUUCAUCGGAUACGACCCGAAACCUGACAACAUCCGAUUCGCCACGCUACCAAACGCCAUCCCCUCCGAGCUCGUCCGAGCAAAAGACUUUCCUGGCUUCGUGGAAGCCGUGAGCACCAAGUUGGAAGCUCCGUUUGAGCAGCUUGUGGACCGGCUCGAGCCUCCGGUGAGCGCCAUAGUUGCUGAUCCGUACGUUGUUUGGGCUGUGAGGGUCGGGAACCGGAGGAAUAUUCCUGUGGCUGCGCUUUGGCCUAUGUCGGCGUCGGUGUUCUCAUUUUUCCAUCACUUUGAGCUCCUCAAACAGAACGGACAAUUCCCUCUUGAUGUGGCAGAGCGUGGAGAUGAGAUAGUAGACUAUAUCCCUGGACUUGGCACCACGUCCAUUGCAGACCUUCCCACAAUAUUCUAUGCAGACGGUCAAAAGGUCCUGGACAGAGCCAUUGAGGCUGUUUCUGGAGUAGCAGAUAAAGCACAAUAUCUUUUGUCCACUUCAGUCUACGAGCUUGAGCCUCAAGUCUUUGACACUUUGAAAGCCAAAUUUGCUUUCCCUGUCUACCCAAUUGGCCCAAGCAUACCUCACCUUGAGCUUUCAGAAAGUCCUCCCACUGAUCACAAUGACCUCAACAAUUGGCUUGAUUCUCAACCUAAACACUCAGUCUUGUACAUCUCUCUGGGAAGCUUCCUCUCGGUUUCGAAAUCCCAAAUGGAUGAAAUUGUCGCUGGGGUGCGGAAUAGUGGUGUAAGGUUCUUGUGGGUGGCUCGUGGGGAUGCCUCUAAGUUGAAGGACGGCGUUGGUGAUAAGGGUUUGGUGGUGCCUUGGUGUGACCAAUUGAGGGUGUUAUGUCAUGAUUCCAUUGGUGGGUUUUGGUCACAUUGUGGUUGGAAUUCAACUUUGGAAGCUGUUUAUGCUGGUCUUCCAGUUCUCACUUGCCCUAUAUUUUGGGAUCAAAUGCCUGAUUCUAAGCAAAUUGUGGAAGAUUGGAAGAUUGGAUACAGGGUGCUGAAGAAGAAGGUGGGGGCUGCUGAACAUGAACAUUUGGUGACCAGAGAGGAGAUUGCAGAACUUGUGCAGAGGUUUAUGGAUCUUGAAAGCAAGGAGGGGAAAGAGAUGAGGAAAAGAGCGAAACAACUUCAGGAGACUUGUCACGGAGCAAUUGCGAAAGGUGGCUCAUCUGACAAGAACCUUGAUGCUUUUAUUGAGGAUAUUUCACGAGGCCAUCACCACUAA